AUGCGGCUAAAGACAUGGGGAGUGUAUGAAUGUGCCAAUAUUGCUGGUGUUGUUUAUACGCUAUUAUUAAUCUUUGGUAUCUACUUUCUAAUAUUGUUCUAUACAUGUCCAGCAACUUAUCAGCCUGAUCAGUGUGCUCAGGCAAAUUGUUUUGGUAUUGUCAUCAUUUUGGAAUUGCUCGUCAAUUUUCUUCUAUUCAUCAUUUAUAGCAGGCGUAAUGAUCCACAGCGUUGGUUGCAAGGCGUUGCAGUUUUGACAACCGUGAAAGGUGCUGGUAAAUACUGUUUAGAAUGUAAUCGAAUAGCACCACUAAGGAGUCAUCACUGCAAACUCUGUAAUAUGUGCAUUCUGAGAAAAGAUCAUCAUUGCUUCGUAACGGGUGCUUGUGUUGGAAUUGCUAAUCAGCGUUUUUUCAUCGUUUUUGUCCUAUGGGCAAGUAUUGGUGCUGCGGUAGGUUCAUUUUACAAUCUGAUGUAUUUGCUGCGGUACAUGGAUUUUAAUAUUUACCCAUUUGGUUGGUUAAAGCUUCUGGCACCGGUUGCUGUCCUUCGGUGGAUUAUUUCCUAUGAAAUAUUUACCAACACAGCUAUUUGUGUUUUAUUCAGCAUAUGCAUGGCCAUCUCCGUUGUUGCGCUUAUCUUUUUUGGUUCACAGAUGUUUUAUACAUUAAAUGGUUAUACGAUGUACGAUUAUCACACAUUAAGCAGAAAAAUUGAAUUGCAUGGUGAUGGUGAAACUUAUUCAGAAAGGUUAAGGAUGAUAUUUGGUCAUUAUUGGGCGGUGAACUUCAUUGUCCCGUUGCUUUGUUUUCCAAAUCAGUUAACUGCAGAUGUUGCUCGAAAUUUAUUUUCGUCUUAUUCGAAAGAUAUGUAA